AUGUUGCGGCAAACUGGAUGUGAAAGAGCUGUGUCAGAUGAGGAGCUGACAAAAUUGGCACCGGCCCAUGUUCUUCGCAGGGUGCUGCCCAGCCAGCUCGCCACAGACCUUCUGAAGGAAUUGUUGCAUGAGUCCAAGGAAAUGUGGCGAUCGAGCUCAUGGGUAGUUCGUGGCAAAGAGCACAUGACUCCGCGAACAACUGCCAUGUACGACUUGUCGCUAGAAGCUGGGCAAGGGGAAGCAACGAAGGCGAGUACACAGCAGACGAACCCUGGUGCAGAGGAACUCCAUCGCCCUCGAGCAAGCUGCAUGCCUUCCGAAUUGCUAAGGCAGGCAGCUCGUUGUAUUCAUGCUGCUGUGAAGCAGCACAGGCCCGAGUCAACAUGGUCGCCAACCCUGGCGUUGGGCAAUCGCUACGAUGACGGGAGGGCCUGUGUCGGGUGGCACUCAGAUUUUCUGAAUUCUCUGGGGCCUCGUCCGAUUAUUGUUGGACUCUCGCUGGGAGCAUGCCGGCGCUUCAGCUUGCGACGCACAUCUGACCACUCUGUUGUUGCAAUCCCUAUGCCACACAACACAGUGGUGAUCAUGUGGGAUGACUGUCAAGAGGAAUGGGAACACUCAGUACCCCGACAAGCAGAUUCGAGCAUUGGCAAACAUCCAGUGGCAGGUUUGGUGCGCAUAUCCUUGACAUUCCGAAUGGCCAGACCAGAGCUUGCUGAAAAGCAGAAACUCUGCAGCUGUGGCAGACCGAGCGUUUUGAAAAGCAAAGGAGGUCGUUACUAUUUGGCUUGCUCUCCCAUGGGGACAUCAUCACAGUGUGGCUUCUGGGAGCAUUGCCCAUGGGCGCAGGCUGAAGCAGAGCGUCUUCGGACGUUGCAGAGAUGGGAGGCUUCACCAGAGGCCAGCGUGGCAAGCGUGGCAAACGCCAGCCGUGCGGAGUCGCAGAGCAAGCAAAGUGCAAAGACAUUUGGUCAAAUGGUGUUGGGUUGCUGUGUUGGUGCAUGGCGGUGGCUGUCCUCUACAGCAAGCAGAGGGGCUGCCCGAGCCAAGGCCUUUUUGCAGCCUUCUAUGCAAAACCUGGUGGUCGUCAUUGCAGGACCCACAGCAGUGGGAAAAUCUGACGUUGCUGUUGAACUCGCCAAACUGCUGCAGAGUCGGGGGCGCAAGGUGCGCCUCAUCAGCGCAGACUCAGUCCAAGUCUACAAAGGGCUGGACAUUGGCUCCAACAAGCCUUCGCUCUUUGAGCAGGAACAGUGGCCCAUCCGGCUCAUCGACUGGGUGGAUCCCAACAGGCCCUGCACUGCUGGAGUUUGGACUGAAGCAGCCAUUUGUCAGGUGGACGAAGCACUCUUGCAUGAUGAGACUCCAAUUGUUGUUGGUGGCUCGUGCAUGUACUUGGAUUGGCUUGUCCAUGGGGAACCUGACGCAGCCCCAUCUGAUCCAGAGGUACAAGCGAGAAUAGCAGCAGAGCUUCAGCCGUUCCAGGACUCAAUGGACUGGGACGGUGCCAUUGCGCUUUUGGCAGCCUUCGAUGAGGAGAAGGCUGGGAGAAUCACACGCAACAACUGGCGCCAACUGUCUCGCCAGCUGGAGGUCGUGCAAACUCAGCCCCGAAGUGAGGGCCGGGUCUCUAGAAAAGGCUAUGACAUGCGGGCUUUCUUCCUCAGCCCAGCUGAUCGCCAAGCGCUGUUCCAUCGAAUCGACAGUAGCUUAGAUCAUCUGCAGCUUUUGUGCUCUGUCUGUUGGACACUGCAAGCUGCAUACUAUAUUAGUUUCAUGGAUGGCUGA